GGCGCUUGUCAGAGGCGAGUCUGCAAGCUGAUCCUCAUUCCGCGUGCAGUGUUUGUCUGGUACGGUCAGCAGCACGAUGGCAACAUUCAGCACAUCCUCCAAUAGACCCUACCACAUCGUCAUCUUCGGCGCUACCGGUUUCACGGGACAAUUUGUGGUGGAGGAGGUGGCCCGCACUGCAUCCGAGGGUCCGAAGGGAAAUCUGAAAUGGGCUGUAGCCGGGAGAAGCAAAGCCAAGCUGGACAAAGUUCUCGAGCAGGCCGCCGAAGCUCUCGGUAGACCAGAGCUGCAGUCAGAAGUGGCCGUCGUUGUGGCAGAUGUCGGUGAACCUGACUCAUUGGCUGCCAUGUGCAAACAAGCGGUGAUUGUGCUCAACUGUGUGGGGCCUUACAGAUUUUUUGGUGAACCUGUUGUCAAGGCGUGUGUGGAGAACGGAGCCCACUGCAUCGACAUCUCCGGAGAGCCACAGUUUCUGGAGAGUAUGCAACUCGACUACCAAGACAAAGCUGCUGAGAAAGGUGUUUACAUUGUGGGAAGCUCUGGGUUUGACUCCAUUCCUGCAGACAUGGGCGUUAUUUACACCAGGGACCAGUUUAAAGGGACACUAACAGCCGUUGAGAGCUUUUUGACUGCAAGCUCAGGACCAGAGGGAGGAUGCAUCCACGAUGGCACCUGGCAGUCGGCCAUCUAUGGCUUUGCGGACAGCGACAAGUUGCGGAGCCUCAGGAAGAAGUUCGGUCACAAGUCUCUGCCUGUGGUGGGGGCUAGAAUUAAAAGGAGGGGAGCGCUGUUUUUUAGUAAUGAGAUACAGCAGUAUGCAGUUCCCUUCAUGGGCUCCGAUCCAUCAGUGGUGAAGAGAACCCAGCGUUACUUGCAUGACGAACUCCAGGAGUCUCCGGUUCAGUAUGGUGCGUAUGCUGGUGUUGGAGGCAUUUCCAACAUUUUUAAACUCCUCUUUGCUGGAAUGAUGUUCUGGUUCUUUGUGAAGUUCAGUUUUGGUAGAAAUCUCCUCAUGAAGUUUCCAGAGUUUUUCUCUUUCGGCUUCUUCUCUAAAGAGGGUCCAACUAGAAAACAGAUGGAGGGCUCCUCUUUCCGCUUUGCCUUUUUUGGUGAGGGAUACACUGAAGGUCUGGAGCCCACCGAGGGGAAACCCAAUGCUAAGAUCCGCACUCUCGUCCAGGGACCAGAGGCUGGAUAUGUUGCCACACCAAUCGCUAUGGUUCAGGCAGCUAUUACUAUGCUGAAUGAAUCCAAUUCUCUACCUAAAACAGGUGGGGUAUAUACUCCAGGAGCGACUUUCGCCAAGACCACCCUCAUCGACCGCCUCAACAAGCACGGCAUCCAGUUCUCUGUGCUUUAAGUGGGAUGGAAAUGGGGCUGGACCCAUCUGGCUUUGGCAUCACUCUUCUAAAGCACCUGUUCCUUUGCUUGCUCAAACGUAAAGAAAUCUAAUGCUAUUUGUAUUUUGUAGCUUUCUCGGCACGUUAACAGUGUUGCUGUAUUCCAGUUUCGUGUCCUGGCUUGCACACAGUAGACCGGGCUGGAUUUAUUUGCAUGCACUUCGCUCAGAUGGCUGAGAGGCACAGUUUUUUGAUCAUGUGACAUUUCCUGUUUGAAUUUAAGAUGAUUCUUUCCUAAUUUGAUCAAGUACAAAAUACUAAUGCAGAUAACAGACAUCUGUUAAUAAACAUUUUAAAAGUGCACACAGAGUUAAGAGAAAAUAUAGUUAUGUAAAAAGAGAACUAGGUUUUGUAAUGUCAUUAGUUAUGUGCGAAGCCAACAACGAUGGCUGAUUAGUAAGAUCAAUUUAAGAGAUAUAAAUUUUGGGGGAAAUCUGUGAAUCUUUGAGUAAAUUUUUUGUAAGACUACAGAAAGGCUGUAAUAUGGUUUACUGUUAUAACCGAUGUGCUGGCUGAACAUUUCCUCUUAUUGCCUGUUGUUAUUCUGGUUUGUUCCUACCAAACAAAUAAACAUAUCAAACCAUA